AUGUUAAGUUUUGUUGUUGUUUAUGGUCACAUGGAAAGAGUUGCUGCUUGUCUUCUUAUCAGAUACAAGUCGAGUCGAGGCCCGGUGCUCAGAUCAACUGAACGUCGUCGCCCGCAAUCAUUAUCAUCCGUCACAACACAGCCAUCGGCAUCAUCAAGCAAUCCACAAUCACCGUCAUCACAACAUCACACAGCACAGCUUCAUCCUCAACAGCAAAUUGAAAGCCAACAGCAACAACAACCACAACUUAUACCGACAACAUCAUCAACAUCAGCUCAAACUCCAACACUCGCCGCACAUCAUCCGAGUGGUUCACAAGCGAUAACACAAACGACAUCAUCAUCACCUCGUGUCAUACUCAGUCGCAUCGAUCAGCGUGAAAUUGAUCGUUUUCGUGUGUCAUAUAAGGUCGCCAUACGCAAUUCACGCACGUCCCGUUUCAGUGGCAUGAAUAUGGGUCAAAAAAUUUCAGGCGGAGUUAAAUCAGUGACGCGCGAUCAUCAAUCGGCGCCACACAAGCCAAUCAUUCCCCGUGAGCUCGCUAGUUUCUUUACACGUCCCGCUCGCUUAGAUGUGCUUCUCGAUAUGCCGCCAGUGGCACGUGAAGUGCAAGUUAAACACUCAUGGAAUGCCGACGAUCGAAGUUUGAAUGUAUUUGUGAAAGAGGAUGAUAAAUUGACAUUCCAUCGGCAUCCAGUUGCACAAAGUACCGACUGUAUACGUGGCAAAGUUGGCUUCACGAAAGGCCUCCAUGUGUGGGAAGUGAAUUGGUCAACACGUCAGCGUGGAACACAUGCGGUUGUUGGUGUUGCAACACUUGAAGCUCCACUCCACAGCGUCGGUUAUCACAGUCUCGUUGGAUCAACAGAUCAAAGUUGGGGAUGGGAUUUAGGACGAAAUAAAUUGUAUCACGAUUCAAAGAAUGGUACGGGAAUUACGUAUCCGGCGAUUCUCAAACCGGACGAGACAUUCCUUGUACCGGAUAAGUUUAUGGUCGCACUUGAUAUGGAUGAGGGCACGCUUAGCUUCAUCGUUGAUGGACAAUAUUUGGGCGUGGCUUUUAGAGGAUUAAAAGGAAAGAAAUUGUAUCCUAUUGUUUCGGCGGUCUGGGGACAUUGUGAAAUAUCAAUGAAAUAUAUUGGUGGAUUAGAUCCCGAGCCACUGCCACUGAUGGAUUUGUGUCGUCGUGUGAUUAGACAAAAAAUUGGUCGUAGCCAUUUAGAGGAGCACAUUAACGAGCUCGCACUGCCGGCAUCGAUGAAGACGUAUCUGAUAUUUUGGGGUUCCGGAAUGAGAUCAACGAAUCCACAACAAUAUCCUUCCCCUUCCGCUCCUCCAUCGGUUCAGACUAAUCCCGAUUAUGGUGGCCAACAAAUGCAAAUGGCACAACCUUUUGGGUCGGGAAUUGGUUUUAAACCACAACUGACUAACAAUGUUCUUCCUUCCAAUUUCCAAAGUCCACCUUCAGGCUUUUCCAACUUUCCUCAAACAUCUCAUCCUAACCCAAAUUAUUCACCCAACUAUCAAUCACCUCAAAACAAUUUUCCGAUUAAUCAAAUGGAUCAACGUUAUCAGAGCACGUCACCACAUGUGCCAUAUGGUCAAGGUGUCCCUCAAUACAACUUUUCACAAUCUCAAAUGCCUCCUAACAUUUAUCCGAAUCUCAAUCAAUCUGUUCCAUUCUCUUAUACCCAACAACAUCCUUUAUCCAAUAUGCAACGAUCGACCAGUGGCUACAUGAGAAAGGGUACACCAACAAUUCUUCCAGCUGAGAACUUUGAUCCCCAAGCUGAUUCAGAAGUAUUGAGAAAAGCAAUGAAAGGUUUUGGUUGCGAUGGGAAUGCUCUGAUUGAUGUUAUUUGUCAUCGAAGCAACACACAACGUCAGGAUGUACAAAAAGUCUUCAAGACAAAUUAUGGAAAAGAUUUGAUUGAGAAUAUUAAAUCAGAGACUCGUGGGAAUUUUGAAAAUCUUUUGGUGGCUUUGUUGACACCAAUUCUUGAUUUCUAUUGCAACGAAAUCAAAGAUGCUUUAAGCGGCAUUGGAACCGAUGAAACAUGUUUGAUUGAAAUCUUAUGUACGUUAUCGAAUCAAGAGAUUCAUACAAUUAAAGCACAUUACAGUCGACUUUAUGGACAAGAUUUGGAAGAGGCAAUUAUGGGUGACACGAGUGGUAGCUUCAAGAGACUUCUUGUUUCAUUGUGCACGGGAAAUCGUGACGAAUCAGGCGUUGUCGAUCCAGAUAAAGCAAAAGCUGAUGCAACUGCUUUGUUACGUGCUGGAGAGCUGAUGUUUGGAACUGAUGAAUCUGUCUUCAAUUCCAUUUUGUGUCAAAGAAAUUACGAGCAAUUGAAAGUAGUUUUCAGGGAAUAUCAACAAAUGACGGGACAUUCCUUUGAACAAGCCAUAAAAAAUGAAUUUAGUGGCGACAUUAAAGACGGUUUUCUCGCAAUAUUCCGAUGUGUCAAUAACAAAGCUGAAUUUUUUGCUCAUCAACUUAUGAAAUCGAUGAAAGGUUUAGGAACAAACGAUCGUCAGUUGAUUCGUUUAAUUGUAACACGUUGUGAAAUUGAUAUGACGGAGAUCAAAGGUGCUUUUGAACGACUUUUUGGUGAAACUUUGAAGGAUUGCAUUAAAGGUGAUACAUCUGGCGACUACAAACACGCUUUUGUUGAAAUGUAUCCUAAUUUUCCCAAUCAACCACCUUAUCCUGGUGGUAAUCAAAUGCCUGGUUAUCCACCAAAUCAGCAAGGAUUACCUUAUCCUGGAGAUCAAACAGGAUACCCGUCACAACAAAUACCUGGAUAUCCUCCACAACAAUAUGGAAUGCCAGGUCAACAGCCUGCAUAUCCGCCUCAGCCUGGUUAUCCACCUCAGUCUGGUUUUCCAUCACAAGGCCAGUCAGGUUACCCAUCUAUGCAGCAAUAUCAACAACCACAAGCAAAUUACUAUCAACAACCGCCAAUGAUGCAACAACAAACUGUUAGUGCUGUUUAUGGUCAACAACCAAUGAGAUCCCAGGGUAGACCAACAGUUGUUCCACCUCCAAACUUUAAUGCAUCAAAUGACGCAGCUGCUUUACGUAAAGCAAUGAAAGGAUUUGGAACUGACGAAGAUGCAAUCAUUGAAGUUCUUUGCCGACGAACAAAUGCACAACGAAUGGAGAUCGUUAAAACUUUCAAGACAGCUUAUGGAAAAGAUUUGAUUGAUGAUAUCCAAUCAGAGUGUCGAAACAACUUCUUAAGUGUUUUGAUUGCAUUAUUGACACCACUGCAUGAGUAUUAUGCUCGUGAAUUCAUUGAUGCUCAGGCAUUACGUGAUGCUGGCAUCGCUAGAAUGGGCACUGAUGAAUCUGAAUUUAAUCGAAUUCUUUGCUUGAGAAAUUACGAACAAAUUAAAUUGAUUGCACAGGAAUAUGAGAAACUUACCGGUCAUACCCUGGAGAAGGAUAUCAAGAAGGAAUUCAGUGGUGACAUUGAAGAUGCGCUUGUUGCUGUUUUAAGAGUCGCUUUAGAUCGCUCCGAAUUUUUCGCAAGACGUCUUCAUAAAGCGAUGGCAGGUCUGGGAACAAAUGACAGAGAUCUGAUUCGUUUAGUUGUCACAAGAUGUGAAAUCGACUUGCUUUUCUCGAUGUAUCCAAAUCAAGGUCAACCAAAUCCUUAUGGCGGUUAUCCAAACCAAUUUCCUGGAGCGCCACCAUUUGGAGCUGGAUACCCUCAACAACAACAACCAGUUUUCGGAUCUGGUUAUCCACAAAUGCCAAUGCCUGGAAUGCAACAACCUGGAAUGCCAAUGCCAGGAAUGACUCAACCUGGAAUGCCACAACCAGGUAUGCCAGGAAUGCAACAACCAGGCAUGCCUGGGAUGCCUGGAAUGCAACAACCUCCAUCAAUGCCACAACAAGGAUAUCCUGGUCAACAACCACCACCAAUGGGACAACAAGGAUAUCCAGGCGGUCCACCACAGCAACAACCAGGAUAUCAAUCUUAUCCACAGACUUCACAGCCAAACUAUCCUCAAAUGCCACAAGGAAACUUUGGAAUGCCACCUCAAACUACUCCAAUGAUGCAACAACAAUAUUCUUAUCAAAAUGCCUCAUCUUAUGGUGCACCACCCCCGCAACAACAAAUGUAUGCCUCGCCAACUUAUGGACAACACCAAUCGUUAUCUCAAUCUAAAGGUCGUCCAACAGUUGUGCCAGCUUCAAACUUCAACGCAUCUAAUGAUGCCGGAGCUUUAAGAAAAGCUAUGAAAGGAUUUGGAACUGACGAAAAUGCAAUUAUUGAAGUUUUAUGUCGUCGAUCAAAUGCACAAAGAGUUGAAAUUGUGCAAACAUACAAAACAGCUUAUGGAAAAGAUUUGUUGGAUGAUAUUCGAUCGGAAACAACUGGAAACUUUGAAGGAGUUUUAGUUGCACUUCUGACACAUUCAACAGAGCUCUAUGCUCGUGAAUUGUAUGAAGCGAUGUAUGGUGAAGGAACAGAUGAAGAUGUUUUGAUUGAAGUUAUGUGCACGAUGUCAAAUCGUGAGAUUCGAGAAAUUUGUAUGAUGUUUCAACGAAUGUUUGGCAAGAGUUUAGAACAGGAACUGAGAAGUGACACAAGUGGUCAUUUUAAAAGAUUGAUGACAUCACUCUCGACAGGAAAUCGAGAUGAAUCAAUGGCGACCGAUGUAAAUGCUGCAAGGGUUGAUGCCUCUGAAUUGAAACGUGCUGGAAUUGACAAAUGGGGAACUGAUGAAAGUGUCUUUAAUCGCAUUUUAUGCUUAAGAAAUUAUGAGCAGAUUAAACUAAUUGCGCAAGAAUAUGAAAAGCUUGCAGGGCACCCUCUGGAGAAGGAUAUUAAACGAGAAUUCAGUGGUGACAUUGAAGACGGUCUUCUUGCAAUUCUUAGAGUUGCACAAAAUCGUCCCGAAUUCUUCGCAAGACGUCUUCAUAAGUCGAUGGCAGGUCUGGGAACAAAUGAUAAAUCUCUCAUCCGUUUAGUUGUCACAAGAUGUGAAAACGACAUGAUGGACAUAAAAGAAGAGUUCCAGCGUUAUUAUGGAAAAACAUUAAAAUCUUUCAUUAAAGGCGACACUUCAGGAGACUACAAACACGCACUUUAUGCAUCUGAAAUAAUGAGUCCUAAUAAUAAAAUUUUAUGUUCACCGAACGAAGCUCAACUUAUUGACGGGAAAAAGAUAGCAGAAGAUAUAAGAGGAGAACUAAGGGAGCAGAUCCAAGAAUAUAUGACUAAAGAAGGUCAUAGAGCUCCUCAGUUAACUGCUGUAUUAGUUGGUGAUGAUCCUGCAAGCAGAACUUAUGUCAACAAUAAAAUGAAAGCCGCACGAGAUGUUGGAAUCAAUAGCGUGACGAGGAACUUAUCAAAAGAGAUCACAGAAGAUGAAUUGUUAUUAAUAAUUGAUGAAUUGAACAACGAUGAAUCAGUCGAUGGAAUUUUAGUGCAAUUGCCAUUACCCGAUCAGAUAAAUGAGAGAAAGAUUUGUAAUUCAAUAAGCUGCGGUAAAGAUGUUGAUGGAUUCAACGAAAAGAAUGUUGGUCGUUUAUGUCUUGACAUGAACACGCUCAUUCCAUGCACUCCUCUGGGUGUACAAGAACUUUUGAAAAGAUCGGAUGUUGAAACAUUCGGCAAACAUGCAGUUGUCGUUGGAAGAAGUAAGAACGUUGGAAUGCCAAUCAUGAUGUUACUUCAUGCUGAUGGUCGCAAUGAUACAUGCGCUAUGGAUGCAACUGUCACAAUUUGCCAUCGAUUCACGCCACCUGAUCAAUUGAAAAAGUUUUGUCUUAUGGCUGACAUAAUCGUAACAGCAACUGGAGUUCCAAAUCUCAUUCGUGCAGAUAUGGUUAAGCCUGGUGCCACCAUAAUUGAUGUUGGAAUCACGAGAGUUGUUGACGAAGUCACGGGAAAAAAUAAACUUGUUGGUGAUGUUGAUUUUGAGAAUGUUAAAAAGAUUGCUGGAAAAAUCACUCCCGUUCCAGGGGGAGUUGGACCAAUGACAGUUGCUAUGUUGAUGCGAAACACUUUUAUUGCUAGUAAAAAAUUAGCAAAAUUGAAACGAUCCCAAAGUAUUAAAUGAAGGAAUCAAUUAAAUAAUCUUUUUUAACGAUACAAACAAAUUGUAGAUAGUUGAAAAUAAAAUUAAAUUGAAUCUUUAAUAAGAAUAAAUCAGGACUAGGAAUUAACAUUAAUUUCGGUUUUUUGUCAUCAAAAAUUCUAAAAUCUAUUUCUGAUUCCUUCAAAAUUAAUAAUUUUAAAUUAUUUCGGUUUUCGUUUUCAUUGCCAACCUCUGAAAUAAAGUUAACAAUAAUCGACGGAUGACACUCCCUCGUCAAGUUCAGCUUAUGAUAGUGACAUCAUACCUUCAUUAAUUAUGUAUACGAAUAAAUAGUUUUGAUCACUAAA